GACUUCCUCUUGGAUUAUAUUUUCAUGCAUUAUGGCUAGUUUAAAUUAUUCCCAAAGUUGCUCCACGCAAGAAGGCAUUGGGUUUGCGUACAAUUUGACCGAAUUUGCCAACGCUACGUUAAAAGAUGAAACACAAAGUGAAGUUGCAAUUGUUGGAUUUGCAACAGCGGCAUCGACUCUGAUUAUCUUAUUUGCAGACGUUCUUUUAAGUCUUGAGUAUAAGAAACGCGGUUCAUCAUCAUUAUGGACAAGACUCUUGAAACAAUUGACUGCAAAGAAUGCCUCCAGGACUGUCGUUCUGACAUUAUUAGUGUUAGUGCUACCAUUAGUGUUAGUAUUUUUAUUUUUAGCUUUAGUUUAUAAAGUAUUGUGCUUAGUGGUAAUUAAAAGGAAGGACGAACAUUUUGUGGAAUUCUUGGACAGCUUUGAUGUGUUCUGGAGCCUUGAAGAUGACACUAGCAAGAGUACUAUAAACGCUCUCGGUGUUAUAGAGUCCGAUUCACCUGUUAUUAUUGCAAAUAGUAUUAAGGACAAGUUGCAAAACAUAUAUCAAAGCGAUAGAAUAAGGAAAAUCUUCUAUAGACGUAGCCAGGAAUUAGGAUUUUACUAUUGGAGGAAAUAUAGUUUGGUUGACAUGAACCAGUAUGUAGAAGUUAUAGAAGUACCUGACAAACGUGAUCUCCAGAUUGUGGACUUAGAAAAUCUAAUGACAGAAUUACAGAAGCAAGCUUUACCAUAUGAAGAUGAAGGGUUAUUUAAAAUAUUGAUAACAAAGCAGACAGUUGGUAAAUGUUUUAAGGAGAGAGGUGAUUACGGUAUUAUAUUCAGGAUUCACCAUUCAGUAGGCGACGGAGCGGCUUUAAUCCAGCUUCUUUGCCAAUCGUUCGCAGAUAACAGUGAUUGCUGUCAAGUGAAUUGGUUUUCUUUCCCUGAUGGUUGUAGCAAACGAGAUUCUCCUGGAAAUUUAAUAGACAUGAUGCGGAAACUUUGCGAUAUUCCCAUACGCUUUGUAGAUGGAAUUAUUCGCAAACCUGAUGACAGCGUCUUACAUGGUCCAGGAUUAUUAGGGACUAAAGUAUUUAAAUGGACUCAGUCUGAUGAAAAUUUACUCACAAUGGUCAAAGAAAUAAAAGAUAAUGUUGAAAAUUUAAAUUUUACAGACGUUUUACUUACAGCUCUAUCAAAGGGCUUGCGAGAUUUUUUCACUCAGAAACUGGCUCGUGUUCCAGAAGAAGUUGCAGUAAUUUUACCUAUAAGAUUUCCAAAAACAUUGUCAAUUAAAAGUAACACGAAAUUGAAGAAUGAUUUUAGCGUAACGAUUUUGGAUGUCCCGGUCCAAGAAAACAACUUUAGUAUAAUUAAAAAGAGAUGUAAUUUGUUACGCAGUAGUGCUGACCCUCUGACAAACUUUUACUUUCUCAAAUUAGUAUGCAGCGUACUACCGAGAUCAAUACUGCAGCCUCUUCUAAAUAGCAGUCAAGCCACUAUGGUGUUCAGUAACCUACCUGGUCCAGAGACGCUUCGAAUAUGUGGGGGAAAUGUCUUAAAAUCGUUGGUGUUUUUCGUGCCGCACAAAGGAAAUACUGGUCUUGCAGUAACAGCGUUAUGUUACGGUGGGGUGCUUCAAUUUGCGGCCAUGGCAGAUACCGCCCUGGUCUCCAGUGCUCAGGAUCUAGGUCUCAUUUUAGACGGUAUGAUAGAUGAGAUUCAUCUAUUGCAUCAUUUGUAUUCGAACAAGUAGAUGAAGAUGCUCCGGUGGCACUAAGGUGGCAUCUCAGUUCAAGAUAUGGAGACCGUCAAUAAGAAGCCACCCAUUUUGUAUCGGAAUCGAAAUUUAAGAUUUUAUGUCAGUGAUAAUAAAUGUUCUCGUGUACUU